CGACCGGCAAAUUUGACCUUUUUAACCGUGAUGAAAAGAUUUCCAAGGGUCCCUUGAGAGCUAAGUCCCCACUUUGCUUCAGUAUCCUAGAGAUUUACUAAGCUGACUAACUGUAAAUGCAACUGGUUAGGUCACUUUAUUUUCUCAUCGAAAUGCAACUCUUAUCCUCAAUUCUUUGCAGUAUUUUCAUGGAUUUUUUGCUACUGGUUUUCUCUACCUACUCGUACCAAAAGAGAGAAGCUUUCGUUUAUCAUACCAAAAGGGAGAAGCUUUCGUUUAUCACACCGAAAGGGAAGGACUUUCGUUAAUAGUUGAUUUUGGUUGGGGCAAACGGAAGCUACCCUUGCUCCGGAUGUAUUCACGCAUAGAUAAGUUGCAUGAAGCCCAAUGUCGGAAAUGCGAUUACAAAGUCUUUUUGGAUCGGUUGCAAUCGGAAGUUAAGACCUACAGAAACGAAUUCAAGACUGAAUAUCAUCAUAUUAAUCUAUUUAUAACAGUAACUACCCAAUAAAUGUAAACGAACGAAUUGAAGUUUUAAAAAAAAAAAGAAAAUAAAUAAAACAUGUAGCAAGAAAGGAAC